UGUCACAGUGUCACGAUUACUAUACGUGGAAAGAAUAAUCAGUUCCUAUAUUAAUCGACUGAAUCAAGAUUCGAUCGAUCGAAGCUAGAAAGAUUACGAUGAUAUCAGUAAAUUAAAGGACUAAAAUUUGAAGAAAAUAGAAACGAAGAUUGUAAAAAAUGGAUAACGAGCUACAAGACGAAUACGAGGAUAUCACGUUUUGUCAUCGAAUAACCAUAUUUUCUCCUCUGAUACGCAACGCAAUCGUAACGAAGCCUAUUUCACAGUGUUUCGGAUACAAAUUUAUCACCUGGGCAAAAUUAUUCCAUUUAAUGACUAUCGUGUUUAUAAUGUGGAUGGGUUGGGCGGUUUUAUAUUUUAUAUUGGGCGACACGAUGUUACCGACAAACGACGGUUUUGGUUUAUACAUCCUCGCGUUAUUCUCAGCCUGGCUCGGCUGGUGCUUGUCAUCAAUUCCUUACUUAAGGAUUCCACCGGUGUUCGGCAUGCUAGUCGCCGGUAUAAUAGUUCGCAAUUCUGGACUUUACAAUAUUCACGAGGAACUCGGUGCAGUGACAACCUCUAAGAUCAGAACAUUUUGCCUAACCUUUAUCAUGAUACGCGCUGGACUUCAGCUGUCAACUACCAGUCUGGGAAAACAUACUAUAUUCAUAAUGAUGCUAGCCAUCGUUCCUUCCUCGAUCGAAGUUCUCGUUCUCUCGAUAUGCUGCAGAUACAUUCUGUCGUAUCACUGGGACUGGUCUUUUAUGGCUGGAACAAUACUCGGCUGUAUGUCGCCAGUGUUAAUCAUGAACUCUAUCCUGGCUUUGGCUGAGCAUGGUUAUGGCGAAGACCAUGGGCUCGCUACGAUUCUUUCCACUGCUGCCUGUAUCGACGUCGUGCAUGUUAUCUCCCUGUUCACGAUUUGCUACUCAUUCGUCUUCGCCAACGACGAGGAUAGAAGCAAAUGGUGGUAUUACAUAUUAUCCAUCGGUAUUCGCGAUUCGAUAUUGGGCAUUAUGGCAGGAACUUUUCUGGGUAUCUGCUUCGUAUUUAUCCCUCAUCGUAGCCACAAAAACGCCAACUGGUAUCGAAUAAUCUGCUUGGUGCUUGGCUCUUUGAUGUGCACAACAGCAACUGCUAAAAUGACCAUCUCCGGUGGAGGAUACCUCGCCAGUUUAGUCAUGUCGUUCGUCAGCAUGGUUGGUUGGAGAAUUUUGACCGUUUCUUUUGACACGACGUCCUUUCGACGAGUGACGCAUACACUUUGGCAGCUGGUUCAACCGAUUUUGGUCGGAGUCAUUGGUGCUGACAUUGAAUUCGUGAAUUGGUCUGUAUCCAGAUUCGGGCUCUACAUAUCAUGUAUUCUAAUCGGAUUGAUGGGAAGAAGUUGCGCCACCUAUUUGGCGACCUGGCGUACUCCAUUGACGUGGAAAGAACGAUUGUUCGUAGUGGUUUGUUGGCUACCGAAGGGUACCAUACAGGCAGCUUUGGGACCGAUGGCGUACGAACACUUGCGGAACGGAGAGGAAUCUGAGGAACUCCAAAUGGCUAUGGACAUCGUGAAAGUAUCCGUGGUUACCAUUUUAUUUCUAUCGCCGAUCGGAGCCAGUUUGAUUAGCUAUACGGGGCCAAUUCUCCUUGUUCAAACUACCGCCGAGCAACGUCAAAGAGAUCGCGAGUUGAGCUAUUUGCGAAUCCUCUCCUUUCUACCCAUGUCAGAACAGAUCCAUCAACAGAACCCCUGAUGCUCUGAAGUCCUCAUCUUCUGCAUACUAGAACCGAUCGAUCGCUCUCGCUUAGACGUUCUCAAGCUCGACGACUAACCGAUCGACUAACCGAGUGCUCUUGAUAUCAUCUUCGUGGGAAAUCAUCGGCGCUUACCGCAGACAACGAGUUUACCCAGUUUAUUGAGUUUACCACGCGCUACAGUUUUCACAGGCAAACGCAUCACCUCCAUUUGAUGUUAUCCUUUUUAAUUUACCAUCUUCUCCUUUGUACUUGUAUAGGAGGAUGGUCUGCUGUAAAUUUGUUAUUCUUUUCAUUAUUAUUCAGUCGAUUUUAGUAAAAUAAACAUUUUACUUUAUCAAAU